GCUCGUUCAGUUUGUUUCUCUCUCGCAAAGCGAACGGACGUGUGUGUGCAGCGCUGCGUGCGUCUUGUCGCGUCGAAUUUGUUUUGUUUUAAAUUCUAACAGCCCAGUUGCGUUAGCAUUCUAAAAAGCGAACGAAAAAAAAAAAUCCUUCUUUGCCGCCGAUCUCGGAAGUGCGUUUUUUGUGUGUGAAUUAAAGCAGAAGAAAAAAAAAACUACCGCUUCGACACGUGUGCCUGCGUACACACGGGCGAAGGUAACGUGGGACGGCAUAUCGUGUCAGCUUUGACCGUUUGUUGCGUUUGCCGUUUUGCUGUUGCUGUUGUUAUUGUUGGGGUUCUUCUUCUGUUUCUCGAAGCCCGAAUUCCUCCAGGAAGAAGUGGUUGCCUGUGCGCGCCUGUUGCUCUGUGAGUGUGUGUGCUUCCGCACGUGUGUGUGUGUGCGCACUGAUCUGUGAUCUUGUUCACGGUUGAGCCAAAAGUUAAAAGAAAGCAAAAGAAAAAAAAAGAAGUGUUGACGCAUACGGAAGGGGGCGAAAAUAAUCUCCAACGCGGGUGAAAGUUCCGAAAAAGAUCGAUCGAUUCCUGCUCCUCAUCCCCCCCCCCCUCCCUGCAAUAUACCUGCCGUGCCUACUGCGCCAGUGUAUGUGGUGUAUCGCUGCGUGUGCGUGUGUGCUACGUCUCGUUGUGGAAUAAAAAAUUGUGCGUGUGCAAACGUCAUCACCAAUCCCCCAAAAAAAUAUAAAAAAAAUCACCAUUCGUCGUAGCAGGCAGUUGCACGUCUCAUCUUGUUACGGAUCUGCAAAGCGGAGGUUUUUUUUUCCCACACACAAAACAACUCACUCACACACACAUACGUACGCACACAGCUCAGCCGCGGAUAGAAGUUGUUCUGCAAACGGCGCACAGUGUGUGAGAUCGAGUGUUUAGAGUGAGAGAGAGAGAGAGAGAGGAUCGAGCAAUUCCGGAAGGGGGGUUUGUGUGUGUGUGUGCGUGCGUGUUGUAAGUAGCAGGAAGAAGCGAUCGUACGGCGGCUGUCAAGAUGAACAAAUCCUGUGCCCGGUGCCAGAAGGUGGUCUAUCCGAUCGAGGAGCUAAAAUGCUUGGACAAGACCUGGCACAAGACGUGCUUCAAAUGUCACGAGUGUGGCAUGACGCUCAACAUGAAGACGUACAAAGGCUUCAACAAACUGCCCUACUGUGAAGCACACAUACCCAAAGCCAAAGCUACCACGAUCGCGGAGACACCGGAGUUCAAGCGAAUCGCGGAAAAUACCAAAAUUCAAUCGAACGUGAAAUACCAUGCAGACUUCGAGAAGCUGAAAGGAAAAGUGACGCAGGUUGCCGAUGAUCCGGAAACGCUACGAAUCAAGCAAAACACGAAAAACAUCUCGAACGUCGCGUACCAUGGCGAUCUGCAGAAGAAGGCCGCGAUGGAGCGACAGCGAGAGUGCACGGAAAUCAUCGACAGUAAAGACAACAACGAUCUGGAGUCGGAGUACUUUUCCGAGCAGCUGGCGGCCGAAUCGCUGCCCCACUAUCAGCCGCCACCGCCGCCACCGGUCGUAGCACCGGCGGCAGGCGGCGGCCCCACAGCCCAGCAGCAGGUCAACAACAACGGUGGCAUGGCGGGCGGGCCGACCAACACAUCGCAGCAGGCGCAGAUCAUCUCCACCGCCAACAUUACCAAACACAACCAGGCGAACAGCUACCACCACCAGGCGGCGGCGCUGCAGCAGCAGCAGCAGCAGCAGUAUCAGCAGAUGAACAACAACAAUAAGGCGGGUGGAUACGGUGGCCAUCAGCAACAGCCGGGCAGCUAUCCGACCGGUGCGGCUUACGCGCAGCAUGCAGCAACCAACAAUGGUGCCGGUCCGGUUGGCAACAGUGCGGAGCACGUGCGCCACUCGGUGCUGCAAAACUCGGCCACCCCGUCCGGUGGGGGCGGCGGUGGUGCCGCGACCCAAAAGUACUACGAUCCGUACGAUAACUAUGCCCGCCCGAACCCGACCGCCAACCAGGUGAACAACAACGGCACGGCCGGCCCGCAUAUGGGCAACAACAACGCACAAUAUCAUCACAGUCAGCAGCAGCAGCAGCAGCAACAUAUGCAUCAUCAUCACCAGCAACAACACCACGGUGGUAAUGGUAUGAUGGAACAGCAUCAGCAGCGUGCAAAUGGUGCUGUCUAUCAUCAGCAGCAUAUGCAGCAUCAGCAGCAGCACGGUCAGCCUGGCAACCAUCACCAUCAUCAACAUCAGCAGCAGUCGGCAGCGAUGGUCGAUCCGUACGGUCAGCAGCAGCAACAACGCUACAGUGCCAACAGCAACAGUCAGUACGCAGGUGCAAUGCACGCUCAGCAGCAGCAGCAGCAGCAGCAGCAGCAACAGCAGCAGCAUAUGUAUCAGUACAACAACGGCAACAUGAACAACGGUGCAGCAGCGACAGCAGCAGCAGCAGCAAGUGCUGGUGGGAUUGGUAAAAUUGCUGACUACGAUCCGCUCACGGACGGACCGCGAAACGUGCCGCAACCGAACCGCCAGAGCGCAACGCUGAUCUACAGCUCCGGCAACUUGUCAACGAACAAUAACCGACGAAUCGGUUCGGUCAACGAUAUUGAUCCCGUCAAUGGUUACUAUGGCUCGGUGGCGGACAACUCGCAGGCCGCUCUGUAUCAGCAGCAACAGCAGCUAUACCAGCAGCAGCAGCGACAAUCCCAGCAACAGCAGCAGCAGCAACCGCAGUACAUUCAACCGCCCCAGCAGUACGCAGCGCCUGCUUCGAAUGCAACGGGCAAAUCGAUGAGCAAAGUGCGCGUCUACCGUGCACUGUACGACUACGAGGCGCAGGACAGCGAUGAGGUCGGCUUCAGCGAGGGUGAUCUGAUCAUCGAAGUGAACUCGAUCGAUGCCGGCUGGAUGACGGGACGCGUGGAGCGCACCGGGCUGACCGGCAUGCUGCCCGCCAACUAUGUCGAGCUGAUGAAAAUCUAAAUGAUCGUUCCUUGCGUCGAACGCGGGGCCGGGACUGCUCGUUCACCCAAUGCAGCCCCUUUAUUUUUGUUCCGUGCUAAUGCUGCGUCGGCAGACGUGGUUUCUCUAGCGAACCACAUUUGUAGUCCCCGUUUCAGUGCAAAAUGUGAAAAUUAAGCGCGUUGAACGAUUCCAUCGAGUGGAAAAGAGUGCGUUGACAGUGAUUGUGGAGUCCCCGUUCCCAAUUCCCUUUUCCACUGCAACACUGAUCAAAGGAAGAACCUUUUCUGGUGAGAGUGAGCAAUGCCCUCUUCACAUGUCACCCAACCCGAUCGAGAGAAAGAGAGAGAAAGUGAGCGAGAAAGGGAGAGAAGCGCGCAGCUUUUAAUUUAAUUUCUUUUUUGUUAUCUUUUUUUAGUUAUCAUUAUUAUUAAUAUUAUUAUAAUAAUUAUUAUUUUAAUUGCUAUUACUACCGAUGAUGAUUACCCUAUUCUUCCCCUUCCCUCCCUUGUAUGUUUUGGGUAUAUUAUACGCGUGGCGCGCCGUGCUUGUAUAUCCCUUUUUUGGCAGGGGAACACAUUUUGUCUCCUAUAAGACACGUGAAGAGAAGAUAUAUGAAUAUAUUGAAUACAUCAUAAUAGUGUGUAUGAAGGAACAGGAACAGGAACAGGAAGUCGUGUAAAAGAAAGCUUAGAAAUCGAACCAGAAUACCCGUUGUGUAUGGCAGCUAAAGCGCGAAAGGAUUUGUAUUAUGAAGGUGCUGUCACACACAAACACACGCGAAUACAGAGAAUACAGUGUGCUAACUAUGAUCGUGAGUAUUGUUGUGGUUAUCAAUAUUGAACGAUUUUGAUAAAAACUAUUAUCAUUCGGGGUGGGAAAAUAUCAAAUUUUUGAGCCUAGUUGUAAUUAUGGUACGGUUUGAACGUUUAAAAACGGCGGUAUAUUGGGAACGUGCCUAUCCAAAACUAUCGAACCAGACAGGCAUACUGUAAUAUUUGUUUGUAUGUAGAACACCCUCUUUCUCCCCCUGUUUUUAACCUAAACCGCCUUUAAACGCGUUUUCGUGCUAUCAUCGGAUCGGCUUGCCCUUUCACGCAGCGGAGCUCCGAGUAGCUCACUUCCAACUGGAUACACAAUUUGUGCCUAAUAAAUAGUGUGUAUGUGUUUAAAAAAUGAAACAACAAAAAAAACGUGUAAGAAAAUCCGGAAAAUGUUCACUCAAUGUCUUUUUUGUUGUAGUAUAGCCAAAAUUGAAAUCAGCACCCCAGGAUGCAUAAGCCGAGAGGAUGGAGAAGAUUAGUUAAAAGAUGAAAAUAAAUGGAAACAAAUAGAGAACAGAAUUUAAUUGAACAAAUAAACAAAAAACAAUUACACACACACAGAUCCAAUGUAUACACGUUUAAAGUUAAGCGAAUAAUCGAGUUAUACAAAUACUAGAGGAAUAAAUGUGGAGAUAAAAACAAACCCCAAUAAUUACCACUUUCCGCCCUCUGAUAAGAAAAAAAAAACAAACGGUACGAGAAGAAAGCAGUGAAAGAAUAACGCGUGUGUGUGUGUGAGUGAAAGAGCUUCCAAGUUUUUGUUUUGUUUGUUUCGAGUUCUAAGUUUGACUAAACAAACACACACACACAAUCACAAUUAGAAAAGAUGUAAGGAUGUGUUUACUAAAACAAAAAACACUCAAAAAAUAUCAACACCACACUGCGCCUUAGUAUAGGAAAAAAGCCUCACAAACCGCCCUGAAAAUACCGUACGUGCUUUACCGUUUUCCCCCCAGAUAGACGAGACCCGAAAAGGAUCGUUUGCCUCUUUACUAUUCAUUGAAAGAUUGUCUUUCCCCUUUUUCUAAUCUCUAAAAACUCUAAAACACACCUAAAAUAACCACAAAAAGAUGAUGAUGCACUUUGAAGCAUCACUUUUGUCCUAUUUGUUACAAGAGAAACAGUGUGUGUGUGUUUGUGUUAUACAUAGGUGUAAAGGGUGCGAAAGAGACAAAAAAAAUCAACGGAAACACAGUAGUGAAAACCUUGCCCCCCGGUACCGAAACUACAGAAUAACACAUCAACCGUCAAAACGAUGAAUGAAAUCAUUGCCGCUGUUAGAAACAAAAUAAAAAAAGGUAGAAUAAAGCGCAUGAACUAAAGUAACGA